AUGUCCAACAAGCCUUUCUAUGGGGUUUCAAGUCCGUCUACAGCGCUGUCAUUGGUCUGCGCAACAACGUUACGUGAUGAUGAACUGUUAUUAGUGCUGUCCUUUCUGCCCCAAAGUGAAUUAUUGGCAUUACGGUUAGCGAGUCAAUCAUUCCGACUUUCUCAACUCACCGAACAUGAUGUGUUUUGGCAACCAAUUUAUUUGAGAAGUAUUACAAAACUCAGCAAGUUGCAUCGGAAGCUUCAAAAAAUUCUUUCACAAAUCAUGACAAUGCAAGUACCACCUUUCAUUGAUCUUAAACAGCAAGCUCUUAAAGAAUCAAGAAAACAAGUGGCUGAUUGGAAAUAUAAAGGCCCAACCAAUCCAUUCCUUCCUUAUAACCAAUUAAAAGAAAUCAAGUUCAAGAGUAUAAAACAUGACAAUGAUUACAAAAUUGUAUUUACAGGAGAUGGAGCUGUUGGAAAAUCAUCACUCAUUAUGAGGUAUAAUACUGGAGAAUUUCCUUGUGACUAUGUGCCUACCGUUUAUGACAAUUGUACGGUAAAUAUGACAGUUGGAGAAAUUCAAGUCACUAUUUCACCUUGGGAUACUGCUGGACAAUCCGAAUAUGAUCGACUGAGACCUCUCUCCUAUCCUGGUACGGAUGUAUACUUUGUAUGUUGUUCAUGCAAUAACAUCAUGUCGUUGCAUAAUAUUUAUGAGAAAUGGGUACCUGAAAUUCGAUGCUACACUGAUAGUAAUCCUCCAAUCGUACUCGUUAUGAAUAAGAUUGAUUUAAGAUCCAAACAAUUAGAAUUAUUGUCGUUGCCGUAUGCGAGAUUUGUCAUGGAUUAUCAAGAUGGUGAGCAAAUUGCUCGCAAAGUUGGAUGUUGUAGCUAUUUGGAAACUAGUGCGUUGCAUAAUAUCAAUGUGAGUGACUUGACCGAAGUAGCAGUGAAGAGUUACUUGUUUGCACAAGAGAAUUUUUCUCAUUCAUUCAAAUCAAAGAAAUGUUGUUUGAUUUAA